AUGAACAGUGCUUUAGCUGAUAGGCACCUCAGAGCCUUGAAUGAUUCAAGGGAGAGGCGCAAUGAGUGGAAAAUCCAAAGAAUUCAAGCUUCUUAUGGACUAGAUAGGACAACAGCAGCCCAAACGCUUGAAUGGAUGGAAUUGAAAGCUGCAAACACUUUGUUUGCUUCCUCUAUCGGUUUUGCUGCAGCAUACUACGUCCAAAAGAGAUUCGUUCCAACAUUCAGGGAGCGUAUGCUGAUCUUCAGAAAGCCAUGGAUUGCUCCAAUUGCUCCAUUAUUUGCAUUCUAUUGUGGUUAUCUUGGAGCCUCCCAACUUAGAGGAAGAAGGUUCCAAGGAUCACUUGUCAACUUUGAGAAAUUGACAGGAGAGAAUGACAUCGUCUCUAGAUUUAGAAACAUGGAUGUUGAGUCAGAGAAGAAAACCCCCACUGAACAGGUCAGUGAGUAUCUGAGAACUACUACUGCUAUUUCUCGUACUCAACUUGAAGGUGAUAUUGCUAAAUUAGUAAGCCAAGAUCAGGACUCUUUCAAAAAUAAGAAGAUUAAGAAGCUCGACAAGGACACAAAUAAAAUCUUCUGGCUGCUUGGAAAGAUUCAUGGAAUUGAGAAUAUUGCUUUUGUUGAUGAAGAAGAGCUAAAAAGAACUGAGGGAAACCCAGUUAAGAUACAACAGUUGGUUGCUAACGCAAAGCCUCAUGGCCCACCUGCUAAGAAUUUUGAUGGACUAAUUUCUCAUGCAAUGGAAAGUAUGGCACUCUAUAAAGAGCAAGUCAAUCAGAUGACUUUGAACAGAAGUGAUAGGACCAAGCUUCUAGCCUUACCAUUCUUCAUGCAUCGUAGAACCCAAUUCCCAGCUCCAAGAAAGGGACAGUGGCAAUAUGAUCUUUUCACUGAACUAGCUGGAGGAAAAGACUGGCAUUACUAUGAUAACUUAGAGUUUGAUCCUGAAAAGAAGAUUACUAUUUAUAACUAUGAGAAGCACUUGCCUGCCUCAUACCUUGAGAACUGUGAUACCUCGAGCCCAGAGUUCAAAAAGGAAAUUAAGAUGAUGACUCUUCUUAAGAAAACUCAGUAUGAACAACAUAAAGAACUCAAAGAAUACUUCAGAAAAUUGAUGAAUGUCUUUUCAUUCAUGAAUGAGGAAGAAGGAAGAGCAUUCAUUCACCUUAUUAAUAACAAGGGAAGAAAUGACUAUCUUGAUGACAUCCACGGAGGAAAACUAGAAGAAAUGCUUGCUAAACUUUCAGAAGAAGAAGGAUAUGUAGCCAAGAAUGAUUACUACCUUAGAAAGACAAGGCUUGAUUACAUGAAAAAGGAUGAUUAUCCUAUUGAAAAGACUAAGGUCAAGGACUUAUUCAAGCACGCUAAAGAAUUCAAACUCAGGUUCUCUGAAGAGCUUGGUAUUUAUGAUACCCUUCCAAGAAUGUACGAUCAGGAAAAGAGAAAUGUACAAGAGUUCAUUAGAUCAGCUACUGGUCCCUUCCUCGCUCUCAGAAAUGAAAUCGGUUUAGAUAUGACUGGAAGACUAAGCACUUCCUUCCUCAGAGCUAAAGACUUUAAGGAAGUCAAGGAGUCUUGGUGCGAAGAUCCAAUCCUUGAUCACAGUUUCUACUACUUCAUGAAUCAGACCUUCCUCAACGUAAACAUGACUGAAUACGAAGAAGCCUUCGUUGGACCUGGAGAGAUCAAACUAGAUUCUCGUGUAGAUGAUAGAGCUGUACAUCUUGCCAGAACCACGAAUACACAGGACUUCUACAAUAACCCAGAAAGAAACGUCUUAGCUGACGCCUCUGAAGUUCUUGAAGACUGGGAGCCGAAGCUCAACUUCUGGAGAAACACAUGGGAGGAAGAAAACCUCGCUCCCGUAGAAGAUGAUGAUGAUGAUGAAGAAGGAGAAGGCGAAGAAGAUGAAAUAGAAGUGUACAAACCAGCACAUAUUGAAGACCCUGAGUUUGAUGAGGAUGAAUUUGAGCCAGUUGAUUGGGAGCCAGGACUAAUUAAGGGGCCCAUCACUUCAGGACCAAGUACCUUCUUCGAUUCCAAGCUUGAAGAAAGAUACGAGGAUGUCGAGCUAGAUAGCUUCAUGAAGUUCCUCGAUGUAAAGCCAUUCUUGAGUUGGAGAGACAGAGCAGGAUAUCAUAACAGGCUUGGUAUGCAUAUCACUGAAGAUUUUGCUCAGAGAGUCGACCCAGACUUCCAUAUUCUUGCUGAGGUCGAAAGAGAACAAUUCGAGAGAGCUAUUUUCCAGAAACACAGAACAGGAUCAACAGUGAGGUUUGUUAUUGACGGAAGCAAGCCAAACUUUGGAAGAACACUUGAUUAA